AUGGUCCAGAAACUUUCCUCCUGGAGUCACGUCCUUCACAACAGACCUGACUACUUCUUCUUCAUUUCUCUCCCCCUCCCCUCUCUUUCCUGACCAUCUAAAAGCGACUUUCAGAGAGCCAGACUGAAAUCUCUCAGGUUUUUCCAGUCCCCUGAACCUUUUCUCUGUUGUCUGAGCUCCCCAAACACCAGACUUUGUCCGUCUGUCUUCGUUGUCUUUGGACCGGGGAACUUAUUUUUUUUCCUCUCCUCUGCGAGGACGGUGGAGCAAACCAUGCCCUCCGACUUUCUAACACCUUUCCUGGAACUGGAUGAGGAGUUCUGCAAGAAUUUCCGCGGCCUGGAGGCGACAGAUGGCUCGUCUGCCGUCUCACAGCAGCAACGGCAGCAGCACAGUCAAAGAGUCCUGGGCUUCCAGCGUCGCCAUUCCCUCUGCCCCGUGACCCUCCCCAACUCCAAGUUCAACAACUGCAGCAGCAGCAGCAGCAGCUCUGAGGUGACCGAGUCAGCCUGCUGGGGGCUGAACAUGACCUCCACCCAGCAGUGGAGCAGGGAGAGUCAGCUACCCCGUUCCUCUCUGAGCCACAUCCCCUUUAGGGUGGACCGCUCAAUCAGCAUGAUCGAGGGCAACGGCAGCAGCUUCGCAGGAAGCAGAGAGGACAAAAUGGCUAACAUGUCCCCAACAGUGCUGCUCCCUCCACCAGGCCUCUGCAUCAGCAACACCUCUAUCUCCUCCACUGCUUCUGCCUCCAGACCCCCAGCCCCCUCGCCUCACAUUUCCACUCGCUACAAGACCGAACUUUGCCGCACCUAUGAGGAAAGUGGGACCUGCAAGUACGGCGCCAAGUGUCAGUUUGCCCACGGCAUGGACGAGCUGAGAGGCCUCAGCAGGCACCCCAAGUACAAGACCGAGCCAUGUCGCACUUUCCACACGAUAGGCUUCUGCCCGUACGGUGCCCGCUGCCACUUCAUCCACAAUGCUGAUGAGCUCCAAGCCGGCAACGCCAAUGCCGCCGUACCUCCACAGAAACAGAAGCUGAGGCCUCCUUUGCUGCGUCACAGCUUUAGCUUUGCAGGCUUCUCCUCUCCACAGACUUUCCAACCAGUUGAGGAGCCACAGCCUUCCUCCCUCCUCUUCACCCGAGCCUCCUCUGUCUCCCCUCCUCCGUCCUCCACAGGGAGCCCAGAACUCCUCUCACCUCUCUUUCCUGAGCCGGGAGCGCUGAAGCAUUGCCCCUACCCCUUCUCUAGCAUCACCGACCUGGCGGGCGACAGCGGUGAUUCAGCUCUGCGCUUCUACGCUGUGACCGAUUCCAUCAGUGCCAAGUGUCCCACCUCAAAUUUCGCCUCCAAAAACCCAAACCUCCCUUAUCACCACCUCCCCCAGCAGCUGCCUGUCUCUCUGAGCAGCCUCCCCGGCCUUCAGCGCUGCUCCUCAGCUGACUCCCUCUCUGAGGAAGGCUACACUUCCUCCUGCUCCCUCAGCUCUUCCUCCAGCGGCACAGAGUCACCAAGCUUCGAGGGUCGACGUCUGCCCAUCUUUAGCCGCCUGUCUGUUUCAGACGAGUAGGGAAGGGUUUUACUGUGGAGCUGAAUUUAAUCAGGGAUAGAUGGUCUAUUUGUUUUAACUCAUUGUGACCAGGAUCUAAAUAAAGCAGAAACUCCAUUGUUAAAACUAGUUCAGAUACAGGUCACACAGAGUUAAAACAUUAGGUUUUUCACUUCCUCCCUGAAUGCAGCCAGGUAAACGUACCUAACUUUGUGCAUAUUGCAUUUCUCAUCCAAGCAGUUGUAGCGCUGCUCAGUGUUCGUCCAGUUUUAGCUGACUUCUCCUUUUGUUUGUGGUUUUAUUGUUAUUUUUGUAAGUUUGUUCUUUUAUACCAUUGUUACUGCUGUAUACUGUUGUAUACCCAUUUUUUAGAGAAUACUUGGAGGGUACUUCACGUAGCUCAGCGCUCGUCCUCGUGCUGCUCCUGCUCAGUUGGAAGUUCUGUGUGAGAAUUUCCUGUACCCUGAUUUAAAAAGGAUUUAAAGAUAAGUGCUGUUUGGGCCCAUGUAAGACCGGUGUGCUAUCCACUUUUUUUUUUUAAUAUAGCAAUGUUGUUUGUCACAGAUCUUAUUUCUUAUUUUACUCCUUACAAACAGUUUCCGAGAUGCAGCACUUCUCCAGUCGUACCGAGGGCUCUCCAACUGUAUGAAGCCAACCUCUUGUCCAUGAGUAUGAGGGCUCAAUGAUUAUGCUGUCAAUAUGCUGAUUGAUGAAUUGAUUGGCUGUAUGGCUGUGGCCACUUGACUGUAGUUGUCAGCCAUUUUAACUACCUGGCAAAGAUUCAGCUAAACUGCCUUAGCUGCAAAAAACUAGCACAAAUGUAGGCAACCCACUGACUCUCUAGUUACCAAAGCUGAUGUUAUAGUUCCCCUAACCUGCUACUGUUAACACCUAGCCUAGCCUUUAGCCAUGACAGUUAAUACAAGCUGUCAUUGUUAUUAUUGCUUAACACUUUUUUAAAGACUUAUUUAUCGCUUUAUGUAUGAUUUGCUGUUUCUGUCAGAGUUUGCUUUGUGAUUGUGUUAAUGCAUUUUUUUUUUUUUCUUUACGAUGCCGGAGAAAUUAUGCUUUACUUAUGCAUCCAUGUUGGUUUUACACCAUCCAGUAGCUUUAAGGAGGCUCGUGGAGAGGAGGGGAAAGGAGGAAGAAAGACAUUUUUUGGCAUUCUAUGUGUAAGUUGCCUUAUUGGCCUGGCAGAAAUCAAGACUCGCUGAGUUCUCACAUCAGAAGCAGCUCGAUACGAAACAGUCCAAUCAGUAGGAUGAGCGAUACUUUCUGCUGUUGGUGUGAGCGCACAGUGGCUCUACCCUCCUCUCCAUCACGCCUCACACAUCCGACUGUAAUAACCCCUUUUUUUCCCAUUUGUUAACUGCUGUUAUUUAAAUACAAAGCAAAACGGUGGUGGACACACAUUCACAGCCUCGGUGUGAAAAUGAAUACUUAUGAAUACCAUCAGGUUUAGAGCUGCACAACCAGCGUCAGUAUUUCAUCUUACAUGUGUGACUAAUCUAUCAGGAAUCCUGUAGUGCUGCAUUGUGCUCUUUGUGUGUGGAAAACUCCUAUUUGCUUAAAAAAUCCUGUGUGCUCUAUUCUUCUCUUGUAAUGUAAACACACAAGGUGAAAGGUGACCUUUGUUUGUAGUUGAUUUUAUCUAUCAGAGUUGCCUUGAUGACAAUAAGUUUGUAGGUCGACUCCUGUUGCACGCUAAGCUAGCUAGCUCUCUGAGCGGCAGGUGAAAUCAAGCGAGUUCAAAUGAAAUCAGGCAAAUGUUUAUUGUUUGUUUUUGUCAUGAAGUCGAGUCAACUUGCCCUGACGAGUCCAGAGACGCUUGUUGUUGUGGAAGCUCAUCGUUAGCUUGACUCGACAUCAAGCCGUUUUUAUAACCUUUGUUAACUUAAAGUCUUAUUUAUUUUGUUUUUCAAAGCAAAACCUAUAUUGUGUUGUUUGAUAUUGUGUUUCUUUUUUGUUUUUACAUAAUUUAAGUGCAUUUAUUGUUUACAUUCCAUGGGUUAUGUUGAUAUCCUAGCUCUUUA